AUGAGAAAGCCGGGUAACCACAUUGGAGUCCAGCCAAGGAACGACUUCAAGUCGACCGACACAUCGGACUUCCACGAGCCUCACCACACACAGACCACCGGUUGGGUCCAGAAGAAAUUCACCGAAAUAGACCGUUUUCCUACCCGAACCAAACGAUCCCAGCCUAAUCCACCCAAGCCACAACACCGACACCGAAAUCUACAACAAAAUAAAAGACCCAGCGAGCGCAGUUUCUGGACUCGGGAGAAUAACGAGGAGCUAAAAAGUUGGCUGGUGACUGGUACCAUCAAACGGCCUCACCAGAAAUAUUCCACCAUGGUCAAAGAGCAAGCCCCUCCCAAGGUGCCACUGCGUCCCCUGGGAUCCAAUGGUAAACAUAACAAUGUCCCAAACCAAUCGACUGAGUCCGAUGACGACGUACGGGAGAUCUCAAGCACGAGUAUGGGCUUCACUUCUGUAAACCCCGCCACUUCUUCCACUGCGAAUGCCGCCCCCAGGCCACCCGCGGUAAAAUCACGAGCCUUGUCAGGAAACAUGGAGGACAAAUAUGCCAAUCUCUUCAUCCAGCCAAAGAACCGUCCAGAACACCACCGGCCGCAGCGGAUUAGUGGUCCGCUGCAGCCAACUUAUAAGGACAAAAAGCCACCACCGGGUCCAGUAUUCGAUACCAUGCCAGGCCCAAUAGGAUCGGCCAGCAAUCCAAUAUCAAUCUCAGGCGGUGAUCCCAUCUCCAGAUACAGCCAACCUGGCGUUUUCUCAACAUAUGUUGACCCGAAGAAGGCUGCUGCAGAUAUCAAGGCUCUACUUGAAGGCUCUAUGGAGGACGAGGAAGAUAAAGGUGUACAGGCAAAAGACGGUGAAGAUAAGGCCCAUAUCGAAGGUCUUAGCGUUCGACUGCUGCCGCAUCAAGUCGAAGGAGUAGAGUGGAUGAAAGGUCGUGAAUUAGGCCCUGUCAAAAAAGGAAAGGUACCCAAGGGUGGCCUUCUUGCUGAUGAUAUGGGUUUGGGAAAGACCUUGCAGUCCAUAUCCCUUAUUCUGAUCAACCAGAAACCCGCAGACAAAUUCCCAGGGGUCGAGAAGACAACGCUGGUUGUUGCACCUCUGGCUCUCAUCCGCCAAUGGGAGGCAGAACUGAAGGAGAGGGUGACUGAAUCUCACAGGAUGAAGGUCCUUGUGCAUCACGGGCCACAGCGGACGAAACGAUUCGAGGAUCUCCGUAAAUACGACGUGGUUAUCACCACCUACCAGAUUUUAGUAUCAGAGUUCAGUCACACCACAAAAACUCACAAGGUCGGCUGUUUCGGCCUGCAUUGGUACCGCGUCAUCUUGGACGAAGCACAUACCAUCAAGAACAGAAAUGCCAAGGCCACCAAAGCCUGCUGCGAACUCCAAAGCAUAUAUCGCUGGUGCCUUUCGGGUACUCCGAUGCAAAACAACUUAGAUGAGUUGCAGAGCUUGGUCAAGUUCCUCAGAAUUGCACCUUACGACGAUCUCCGAGAAUGGAAAGACCACUUCGACCUCCCGAUAAAGAAUGGAAAGGGAGAAGUUGCAAUGCGCCGUCUUCAUGGCUUAUUGCAAUGCUUCAUGAAGCGCAGAACUAAAGAGAUUCUCAAGGAGGCCGGUGCUCUGAGUACUGGAAAGAAGGGCGAGGACGGAAAGGAGGACGCAACUGCAAGCUUCAAGGUCACCGAGCGAAAGGUAGUGACGGUCGCGGCUGAGUUCACGCCUGCAGAGAGACGAUUCUACGAUAGGUUGGAACAACGAACAGACAAGAGCAUCGAAAAGAUGAUGAAAAACAAGCUCAACUACGCCAGUGCGUUGGUACUGCUUCUACGCCUAAGACAGGCUUGUGACCAUCCAAAAUUAGUGGAAGGCAAGCUUGAGAAGGAUAAAGACGCUCUGUCCGAGGAGACGAAACCGAAGAAGGGCGACGCUGACGUCGAUGCCCUGGCGGAUCUCCUCGGUGGCCUAGAUGUCGAGGUUAAGCAUUGCGAUAUUUGUGGCUGGGAGCUUGAUCAUGAAAUGCGUCAACCCGGCACAGAUAAAUGCAAAGCUUGUUAUGAAGACCUCCAAUAUUUCAAGCACUACGAAAACGGAGGCGAUUUAAAGACACCAAAGAUAAGAAGCAGGAAGAAGAAGAGUAAGGCUAAAGAAGUUAAGAAAGCCAAGAAGGUCAAGAAAGUGAAAAGGCUCCCAAAGGUGGUAGAAGAACAGGUCGAAUCUGAAGCCGAUGUCCAGGUCGUGAAGAAGCGGAAGCCUAGGAAUCGUCGUGCAGUACUAGACAGCGAUGAUGAAGAUGAAGAGGCCGACUGGAUAGUUUCCGGUGACGAGCAAGGCCCACUACGUCUUGGCAAGGCCGGCGGUACUGACGACGAGAACGCCGAGGGCGAUGCCGAUACCAUCAAUUCCGAAGAUACGGAGGACGAAGAGUCGCAAGAUGGUAGUCGAUUAAGUAGUUUCAUUGUAGACGACGGAAACGAUACCAAGCCUGAAGACCUCCGAAAGGCUAUCGAAGCAUCAGAUUCCGAGGAUGACCUUGAGUCCGUUUCGGGAAUUCAAUCUGAGAUGAGUAAAGUCAAACUUGAAGACAGCGAUGAAGAGGAUGACGAUACAGAGGCCGGCGACAACGACGGUGACGACGAUGGAGAGGAUGCAGAUUCGGAAUCCGAGUCCGAGUCCGAGUCCGACUCUGGCAUCUCUGAAUCAGAACUUAUCUCGGACACUGAUUCCGAUUCAGAGUCUAGUGUGGUUUACUCGCGCUCCGGUCGCAGAAUGGAAAAGACACCGCCCGUCCUAGCGUCUGCCAAGAUUCGACAGCUAAUCACCAUCCUACACGAGGAAGUCCACGAGCACAAGUUCAUCGUCUUCUCGCAGUUCACAAGCAUGCUCGAUCUCGUGGAACCCUUCUUCCGCAAGGAGGGCAUCAAAUAUACGCGCUACGACGGGAGUAUGAAGAACGACGCGCGUGAAGAGGCCCUUAACAACCUGCGAAAUAACCCGCGCACGCGCGUGUUGCUCUGCUCCCUACGCUGCGGUGCGCUAGGCCUCAACCUGACCGCCGCCAGCCGCGUCAUUAUCCUCGAGCCCUUCUGGAACCCGUUCGUCGAGGAGCAGGCCAUCGACCGCGUGCACCGUCUCACCCAGACCGUCGACGUAAUCGUGUACAAGCUCACGGUGAAGAACAGCGUCGAGGAGCGCAUCCUCGAGCUCCAGGAAAAGAAGCGUCUCCUCGCCGAGGCCGCCAUCGAGGGCGGCACCCGCAAGGAGAGCCUCAAGCUCGGUCUCAAGGAGAUCAUGGACCUCUUCAAGCACGUCGGCCGCGGAGGAGGCGACUCCGACUUCGAGGAGGACGAGCGCAUCAAGGCUAGCUUGGCUACUAUGCGCAACAAGCACGGCAAGGAUGCGCGGAAGCCCGAGAGCGCGGUUUAUGGGCGGCGGUGGUGA